CCAAAAAGUUUAAGAAAAAAUGUAACAAAAGAGCCCCUUGAACUUUUUGCGAUUUGUGUAGAAGCGAAAGCAGUUUAAAAAUACUUGACGAAAUCAACCAGUAAAGUUCACAUUUUGAGUGUAGUUCCCGGCAGAGGAGGCAAGCCAUUCCAAAUUUUCCGUAAUCAUGGCAAGAGGGCGAGUCCUCAGCUCAAUACUUUCCAGAGCUCAGGCGCUGCGCAACUACCGCUCGUCGUUCGUCCAGAGCACCCGACUGGAGUACGUUUCGUACAGCACGCCACGCAACCAGAUGGAGGCGCCUCCGAUCGUGGUGAUGCACGACCUCAACCUUUCACUGGAGUCCUGGCGCCAUGUGGCGAGCAACCUGAGUCAGGAGGGUCUGCGCCAGGUGAUCACAGUGGAUGCCCGGAACCAUGGAAUAAGUCCGCACACAUCCGGCCACUCGCCGAUGCACCUGGCCGCGGAUGUGCAGGCCUUGAUGUCCCACCAGAGGCUCAGCAAGAUCGUGGCACUCGGACACGGAAUGGGCGGUCGGGCGAUGAUGACGCUGGCCCUAACCCAGCCACAGCUAGUGGAGCGGGUCAUCCUGGUGGACAUUACUCCGGCACCGGUGCCCAGCAACUUCUAUCUCACGCGGCAGGUGUUCGAAAUGAUGCUCCAGGUGGCACCCACCAUUCCGCCAAAUCUUUCCCUCUCCGAGGGACGCAUGUUCAUUCUGCCGCUGUUCCAGGACGUGGUACACGAUGUGUCCGAGCUGCGGAGAGUGGUCGACAAUCUGCGCAAGAUGCAGGACGACACCUUUGGCUGGGCAGUGAAUCCGCGGGCGGUGCUCGGUUCCUGGGCGGAACUGAUGAUCAACUACGAGUCCACCCUGGGCGGACUGAGUCCCUACAUGGGCGAGGUGCUCCUCAUCGCCGGCUCCCAGUCGGAGUUCGUGACCUCGUCCAGCAUCGCCGUGAUGCAGAGGUACUUCCCCAAUACAGUGGUACAGAUCCUGGACGCAGGACACUGUGUCUACGAGGACCAGCCGGAACAGUUUGUCGAACUGGUCGUGGAGUUCACACAAACGUGCUCAGUAUGCUGAAGAAUCUCUUCUGUUUAAGGGGCUUAAGCACUGCAGUCCCCCCUUGGGAAUUGGAACUUUGAAUCCUGUUGAGUGAGUGCUGAAAUUUCAGCUUUCAGUACACUCCACAGAUAAUUGCGCUGUCAGGAGAAUAGAAACCGCAGAAAAAGGGUGAAUUUGCUGCAGCCAAAAUCGAUGGGAAAUCAACGUGGCAGCCAAUCGAACCGAUACCCGAUACUCGGAUACUCGGAUACUCGCCUACUCGAUUCAGGUGCUCGAAAGAGCCAGGAAGAUUGGCACACAAAGGCCAAUGCCACUCCCUUGGCCCCGCCAAUUUGCCAAUAAGGCGGGUGAGGGGCCACAAUGCGAUACAAUUUAGAUUUAUAUGCAUUGUCUGAUUUAUUUGUGUUGGACGUGUGGGCGAUUGAGACGUCUGACUGGCUUUUGUGUCUGCUUCUGUGCUGCAAAUGUCGAUAAUCUGUGUGUGAAUGGAGAGUGGGCUCCUUCGACGACCUCUCUGCUAUGUAUUUUCGCUGAAAUUGAGUCAGGACUGAGAUUUGAAUGUGCAUAUGUACACAUGGAAGCCUUGAAGUUGUUUACCCGAACCCCCAAGCUCCUUUGGAGCUUUUGUUCUGGCUUUAAUGAGGAUUACGUGAAAUUUCAUUAUGCUGCGUAAUAAAUAAGUAGCAAGUCAAAUAAACAGGGACUAGCAAACACCCACCCACAUCCCACAUCCCACAUUCAACAUUCCACAAAUGCAGGGGAAUGUACAUGAACAUUUCAACUGGAUGUAGGGACUGAAACCAUAUUAAAAUUUAGACACGUA